AUGUCUUCUCCGAGUCAAUCGUUGCCACAAGAGCGUCCUGCUAAACGUCGUCGUGUUAUACACGAGCAAGCUACUUCCAACAGGGGAUCUCUUUCGCCUAUCGAACAAGUUGCGCAAGUACCUUCGCCAUAUGCUAUUCCUACCGUUCAAGCUGAGGACAAAGAGGUAUUUCACGCUCCAACGAAGGAAGAAGCAGAGAAAGCUAUUGAGAAUAAUCUGAAGAGAGCAGCCGAGCACCGAGCUGCUGAAAACAUCCGCUUUGAUUUCUACUAUGAAGCUUUCUCACAGGAGAUAACAGCUAGAGGAAUUGACUUUGCUCGACUACGACGAGACUGUCCUGAAGAUCUCGAUGAGCAAAUUGAUAUUGGUAUGAUGUGGUCAAACUUCGUGUUUGCCCGCCUGCCUUGGGUCAAAAUCAAAGAUUCCUCGAUGGCAGAGAUGCGGGGAAGAAUACUAGGGAACCUUCCACGGUCCAUGGCAACAAUCACGGUUAGCGCCACCUUUGUUGACGUGAACAAUGAGAUCAUCGGAGCGAAGAUCAUUGGCGGUGUUGACGAGGUCUUUCGAAGCGUUCCCAACUACAGGCCCCUAGCAGAUCAAAUCAUGGAUUGGGACAACGAGCUCGAAGCAGUUCAUCCGGCGAAGCCAAAUCAAAAGUCUCGACAUCCGAUGGGGGACGAGUUCCAUCAGGGAGAGCAAGAUUAUCGCGAAAGCAUAAACUCUCCUUAUGGUCGGCAACACUUUUGUAUUUGGUGUAUCAAAGGACAAGAUAAGAACCCGAAGUGGCAUGCAAACGGACUUUAUAAUCAUGUUGUGAGCGCUGACCGCAAAGGGGGCCGGGCCGGAGCAAACAAGCCGAGAGAGCAGAAGCGGUGGAGAAAUUUCUACACAAAAUGGUCCGACCAGAAGUUGCUCGUGAUGAUUGCUGCUAUUGCCCAAGCCUCUUCAAUGCAAGAUGUUGAGUACGGCUUUAUAGGACCACGUUAUGGAAACGGAGUUUCGGUCAUAGAUGGCGUGCCGAUCAUCAACGAUCCAGUUCUUGCCGUCAGCCAGGAAGGGUUCAGGCUACUGCAUGUGCCCGUCAAUCCGUGGAAAUUGGAGAAGGCUGUCAGAAAAAAGAAGGCUGAUAUCAAAGCUUUGAAGAAAACGGGUGCUCAUCCUGGCGGUCUACCUGCAGCUGAGAGCGCCGCUGCCCUAUUGUCGUACGAGUAUGGCAAGGAAGAGCUCAUUCGACUCAGACGGGAUCCGACUGCAAAUCCAUUCUUGUCAGAAGCGGCAAAGAAAGAGAUCCAAGGCCAAGCAUAUCGGGCACCUAGUAGGAAAGCGAGGCGAGCCACCCAGAGUGGAUCCAGGAAACGCCAGAAAACGUCUUGA